AUGGCAAGAGCUCGUACAGCUCCAGAGUCGGAGGACCCUUAUUUACUCCUUCUCGUCAAGUUAUAUCGUUUCUUGGCCCGACGAACGGAUGCAAACUUCAAUAAAGUCAUCCUAAAGCGUCUCUUCCUCUCCAAAAUAAACCGCCCUCCCGUUUCUCUUUCUGGAAUCGCGAAGCAAGUUGCUUGCUCCCCUACCAAUGAAGGAAAGAUUGUUGUUGUCGUCGGAACUGUGACCGACGAUAUUCGUCUACUUGAGGUUCCCAAUCUCACUGUCGCUGCCCUUCGUUUUACUCGCAGCGCAAAGGAGCGCAUUCUCAACGCUGGUGGUGAAGCUUUGACUCUGGACCAGCUGGCUCUGCGAGCUCCUACUGGCACAAACACCUUGCUUCUACGAGGCAAGAGGAACACUCGUGAGGCUGUCAAGCACUUUGGCAUGGGUAUGGAACCCUUUAAUACUCGGAGAUGCACAAACUCACUUUUAAUUAGGUCCACACAAACACAAGAAGCCAUAUACUAUCUCCAAAGGUCGCAAGGUCAGUCCCCCGGAGUACUGCGAGACUUUGAUACUAAACCUAUCUACAGUUCGAGAGGGCUCGUGGACGAAGAAAAUCUCGUGGCUUCAAGGUUUAAUUUUAGCGACUAUGAUACGGUACCUUUGCAUCCCUAUAGGGUCAUGUACGUCGUUAUGCCUUUACCAUCAUAUGCAACCACGAAUAUCAAAUGCACUCAUUUAUGCAUUGCGAUCAUGCUUUACCCAUAA